AUGUCAAAACGACGUACAUGGGGAGACCGGCCUGACAUAUCCUUUGCUAAUACUUUUGCGUUUGAUAUAGAUGGCGUUCUAAUACGUGGGCCGCAUGCGCUACCCCCAGCACACCGAGCUUUGCAAAUGCUUCAAGGCAACAACCCGUUCAAAAAGAAAAUACCAUUCAUUCUCCUGACUAAUGGGGGUGGUGUCUCUGAGAGUGCUCGCGCCAAGGGCCUAUCUGACAAGCUAGGUAUCCAAAUCACACCCAACCAGUGUGUGCAGGCACAUACGAUCCUACAACAGCAGGUUUCCCGGUAUGCUAAUGAGCACGUUCUUGUCUUAGGCGGAAGACGCGACGAAAUACGCCAGGUUGCUAAACUUUAUGGUUUUAAUAAGGCUCAUACAAUGCUAGAUGUCCUAGCUUGGAACCCUGCGGUAUGGCCUUUCUAUGAACUUACUCCGGCCGAGAGGGAGAGUACAAGACCUGUGGACUUUUCCAAAACAUCCGUAUCGGCCAUAUUUGUCUUUCAUGACCCCCGUAAUUGGGCUCUCGACAUCCAGAUUAUUUGUGAUGUUAUACAGUCAAAUGGGAUCAUCGGUGGCCCCUAUGGCGGCCCGACAAAACUUGUGGAAUUGGUCUUCUGCAAUCCUGAUUUGAUAUGGAGGUGCGACUUUCCUAGGCCGCGGUUAGGACAAGGUGCCUUCAAGGAGGCUUUCCAGGCCGCAUUGACUGGCAAGAUGUAUCCUCAUGUCCAGUAUGGUAAACCAACCGAGACGACUUACCAGUUUGCCAAAAGCGUAUUGGAGAAUCAGAUACAGUUGUUAUAUGAUAAUCCUGAGUCUGACAUCGCGGGUGCCAAUGGUGCGGGAUGGCCCUCUGUGUUGGUCCGCACUGGCGUAUAUGAUCCGGUCCAUGGUCCUCCAGCUCACAAGCCUUCGCAUGAAGCUCAGGACGUCGAGGAAGCGGUACUGUGGGCAAUAUCCAAGGAGUUAGAGAGAUAG